GCAGUUAGUGUAAGGAGUGUGGUGUGACGUUUGUGCCUACUGUUCAGUGCGGUACUAUGUAGUAAUAUUUUAUCCCCAGGCUUGGUCUCUAAACAAAUGUGGCGCUGUCAAAGCCUUAACCUUGACUUGUACACUUCUGACACUUCUGAAAACUGAAGUAUUCUCAAAGGCGGAGUAUAUUUAAAAAUGCCUCGGUGUAGAAAGUAUUCCCUAAGGAGUGGGCGGAAUAGCGAUGGGGUUAUGAAGUUGUCCAUGUUCAUCAGGAGAUGAAGGCCAGAAGUGUGUGAGGAUGCCAGUGGAGUGGAAACACUGAUGGAGGGCCAGAAGAGUUCUGAAGAAGAGGAAGGCUCACAUGACAGGGGUGUGCCCCACAGAUGGCAGGGCUACUCAUGUACUGUUAAACCAGUGAGGGUUUUUCUUCCACAGCCUGUGCUUCAGGCUGCACUGGGGAUCAGCCAUGGAGUUCUAUUGACAAAAGAUGGCCUUGUCUACAGCUUUGGAGAGCUUCCAUGGAAGCGAGACUUGAAGUCCCAGACAGUAGAACCUGUGCUGGAAAGCUCUUUAACUGGCCACCAUGUGGUGCGUGUGUCUACGGGUAGUUUUCACUGUGGUGCUGUAACAGAGGAAGGGAUAGUGCACAUGUGGGGCGAGAACUCCCAUGGUCAGUGUGGUAUCUCUGGUUUUAAUGUUGUCCCUAAUCCUACCCCUAUCAACAUUGUGGAUGAUGAAAUUGUCCCUCCUGAACUGGUCCGGAUCCAGGAUGUGGCCUGUGGGGCGCAGCACACAUUGGCUCUGUCAAGGAAGCACGAGGUUUGGGCCUGGGGUAGUGGCUGCCAGUUGGGCCUGGUGAACACUGUGUUCCCUGUGUGGAAGCCGCAGAUAGUAGAGCAUCUAUCAGGGAGAUAUGUGAUCCAGAUUGCAUGUGGUGAGUUCCACAGCCUGGCUUUGGUUCGCUCACUACCCCUUUCAGAGUCCUCUCAUCAACCCCAGGACAAAUGUGGCCAGUGCAAGCAGCCUCUUUACACUCUGAUUGACAAGGAUGACCAUGUUAUUAUUUCUGACAACCAUUACUGCCCACUAGGGGUGGAACUAUCAGAUGCAAAGCAAGGUCAAAAAUCAAAGGAGGCAUCUCCAGCCUUGACGCCGAAGACAGAGGCAUCAGCACAUGACCCCCAGAGUUUUGUUGUGUUGCCUGGAGAUUUCUGCCCCAGUCAGAGUGCUCUGGAUGAAUCUCAGAGUGAUGAUGCAGCAGGUGUGAAUGAAGUGGAUCACAAUGAUCCAGCCCCAGAGACUAUGACUGACAGCUCAGAAAAUCUGCAGCAAUGCCGUACAAGAACCAAAAGCUCUCUUUACCCUGAUGAACAGGCUCUGAAAGACUACCUCAAGAGGAUCUCUGAGCAGUCCCACUCAGAGCAGUUUGAGGCAGUCUCCAAGAAGGGAUCACGUCCUCCAAGUCGUCAGACAUCACACAAGGAUUCUUAUAGACUGGACCAAAACAAACCUACAUUUCCUUCAUUGGCACCACAUACCAUGAACGAUGAUAUUAAAUCCACACUUUCAGAUGAUAUUGCACUGAUGACGUUACAAGACUCUGUCACAGAUUCUGUCUGUGAUGACUCAUCUGAAGACAUGGUCAUUCCUAGUGACCCUUUAGCAUGUAAUAACUGUGAUGAGAUCUCUGAUGAAAGCUUCUCGACUGAUAGAAACCACUGUCCACAUGAGUCACUGGAAGCCAAGAAGAGUGCCAGCCUGACAGAUAUUAGGAUUGAUGAUACAGAUGAAUAUAGUCGCAGAAGAUCAUUACCUGGCUUACUGUCACCAGUUUCUCCAACAGUAUUGCUUCGGUGCAACCUUGCCAAAGGUGGAGCAAUAAACUCAACAACUUUAAGCAUCUCAGAGAAGGAGAAUCUCCUUCCAGCUCUCAAUACAGAGGUGUGGACUUGGGGCAGAGGUCAAGAAGGUCAGCUAGGUCAUGGAGACACCUUGCCCAGGUUACAGCCACUAUGCAUUAAGAGCUUAAGCAACAAAGAAGUUAUCAAGGUUGUUGCUGGAUCAUGUCAUUCUUUGGCCUUGACAGCUCAGUGUCAGGUUUAUUCUUGGGGUUGCAAUAAAUUAGGUCAGUUGGGUCACAUGAACUCCCUUAGCACUGUGCCACAUCCUGUGAAGAUGUCUGAUGGCAUUUGUGUGUGGGAUGUAGCGGCAGGGCAGACACACACCGUGCUGCUGGCCGAUGGUGAUUGCUUACAGCCCAUAUUGUAUUACAGUGGUGAGCAGGUGCAGGCACGGGAGGACUGUCCUACUCUCACGUACACACAGACACCAGCUCUGCUGCCCUUCUUCAUGAAUCUUGGCUAUGUGAGCAGCAUUUUUGCUGGAGGACCGAACUGUGUGGCUCUGGCUGAUCAGAAUGUGAUGGGUUUUAUCGCCACUCUGCACGAGAUGGCAUCAGCAGAGAGGAAGUUCUACUGCAUGCUCAGCAGGGUGAAAAACCAGAUACUGCAUCCCCUACUGUCCCGGGGCAGCGUGAGCUCAUGUCUGGGUCGAACCUCCAUGCAGCUGUUCCAGACUAUGGCAGGGAAAUACAGUCGUUUGUGCCAUCUAAUAGGGCAGCACGCCACCUCUCUCACAAACUUCGUACAGUGCAGCAGAGACGUGAAAACUCUGGCCAUUUUGAAAAAUCCAAACCUUUUCCUAGACACCUAUAAAAAGUAUAGCGGUCCUGUAGGAAACUUCCUUGUCAUGGGAGGAUUCCAGUCACUGGUGAAGCCCUCACAGGAAUGUUUGGGGAAAAAGCUGGAACUGGUACAGAAACUGUUGGACCUCAAAGAGAAGAGUGUCCCGCUGAGUGAUUUGCUAGUAAACCUGUUUUACAUGCCGCUGCAGCAUUUGCAUGACUACAGCAGUCUUCUCUUGAAGCUGGCAACUUGCUUUGAUGUGUGCUCUGUUGAAUAUCAGAUGAUUCAGGAUGGCUGCUUGCAAUAUGAGGUCUUGGCUGUUCUUCUAAGCAAACAGAGGAAAGCGGCAGAGAGCACAUACACUUUCUGGAAGAGCUUUUCGGGAAAGAGCUCAGAGUCUCUGCGGAAGCCAUCUCGGCGGUUGGUGUGUGAGAGUAGCAAUAAGGGCUUGACCCUGCAGAACGCUGGGAGAUUCUCAGUCAACUGGUUCAUCCUCUUCAGUGAUGCCCUUGUUCAUGCACAGGGUACCAUUCCAUCUAAGAAGUUUUUUUCCUCUUACUAUGUCUAUCUGCUGGCCACGCUCUGGGUGGAACCCAUCUCAGACGAGAAUGUGGGAUUGUUGGGACUGAAGCUAACUACGCCUGAAGAAACCUUCACCUUGUUGGCGUCUUCGCCUCAGGAGAAGGGGAAGUGGCUGAGGGCCAUUAACCAGGCUGUGGAAGAUGUGCUCGGAGUGGGUCAAGAUGAGCAGCCUUUCAGUUUGAGUGGCAGUCAGAGGGCAGAGCCGCCUAUUUCUCGCACUGCCACUUACACAUUUACUAAAGAGGGCAGACUCAAAGAUGCCACAUACACUGGCCGCUGGCUCUCAGGCAAGCCUCAUGGCAGCGGCACCCUGAAGUGGCCUGAUGGCAGAGUUUACUGUGGGACAUUUAAAAAUGGCCUGGAAGACGGGUUUGGAGACUGUAUGAUGCCCAACAAGUCUUUCAACAGAUAUGAUCGUUACAAGGGCCACUGGAAAGAGGGCAAAAUGCAUGGAUUUGGGACAUAUUGGUAUGCUGCAGGUGAGGUGUAUGAGGGCUCAUUUCAGGAGAACCUGCGUCAUGGCCAUGGCAUGCUGAGCAGUGGCAGACUGGCCUCUUCCUCCAGCAGUGUGUUUGUUGGCCAGUGGGUCCAUGACAAGAAAACUGGCUAUGGCAUAUUUGACAACAUCACAAAAGGAGAAAAAUACAUGGGGAUGUGGCUGGAGGACCAGAGGCAGGGCACCGGGGUUGUGGUCACCCAGUUUGGUCUAUAUUACGAAGGAGAAUUUAGUAAUAACAAAAUGAUGGGGACUGGGUUUCUGCUCUGUGAUGAUGACACUUCCUUUGAGGGAGAGUUUUCAGAAGACUGGACAUUGAAUGGGAAGGGUGUCUUGUCUAUACCUAAUGGAGACUCUUUUGAUGGUAUCUUUGUGGGCGAGUGGGGCUCUGAACUGAAAGUGUCUGGCACCUUUGCAAAGCUGUACGUGUAUGAAACUGAGAAUAUGGAGAGUAAGACCUUUGAGGUUGGUCGUUAUGGAGUGCCUGCUGAGCAGAAAUGGAUGGCUGUUUUUGAGGAGUGCUGGAGCCAGCUGGGUUGUGAAACCCCAGGAGUUGGAGAGAAAGAGAGAGCCUGGGAGAACAUUGCAGUCAUACUGACAACCAGCCGCAGACAGCAGAGAGACAGUCCGAGGGCUCUGAGUCGCUCCCAGUGUAAGAUGCUGGAGAGUCUAGAGGUGAUCCCUCAGCAUGUCGGUCCUGUUACUGCUGAAUCCUAUGACAUCAUCCGCCGCUACCUCAUCAAGGCCUUCGAUACUCCUCUGCAUCCUCUGGGCUGGCUGCUGGAGACACUGGUCACCGUGUACAGGAUGACGUAUGUGGGCGUGGGCUCUAACAGAAGGCUUUUAAAGCAGGCUGUGGAGGAGAUCCAAUCCUACCUCAAACGCAUAUUCCAGCUGGUCAGGUUUCUGUUUCCUGGUCUUCCAGAAGAGGGUGGUUUUAUCCCUGACUCAGAGAUGAGGGCCAGUGACUUUCUGAGCAGCAGCACAUGCUCAGACACCACCCAGCAGGGCUGGAUUGUGAGUAGCACCACUUUGGUGCUUCCUGUUUUGUUACCUCGUCUCUAUCCUCCUCUCUUCACACUGUACACACACGAGAGAGAGAGGGAGGAGGAGGUGUACUGGGAGUGUGUGUUACGCCUCAACAAACAGCCUGACCUGUCUCUGCUCACCUUCCUGGGAGUGCCUCAAAAAUUCUGGCCAGUCUCAAUUUCUGUUUUAGGAGAGAUAAAGGAUGUGCUGCCUAGCAGUAUGAAUGCUUGCUUUGCUACUGCUGUGGAGACUCUACAACAGAUCAGCACAACUUUCACUCCUGCAGAUAAGCUUCAGGUCAUCCAGCUGACCUUUGAGGAUAUCACACAGGAAGUGCAAGCCAUGUUGGGCCAGGGCUUCCUGUGGUGCAUGGAUGACCUUUUCCCAGUCUUCCUCUACAUAGUUGUCCGUGCACGGAUCAGAAACCUUGGCUCUGAAGUGAGCCUCAUAGAGGACUUGAUGGAUCCUGCUGUACAGCUUGGAGAACUCGGACUCAUGUUCACCACCCUCAAAGCUUGCUACUGCCAGAUUCAGAAAGAGAAGCCUACUGCCAUAUAGAGGCAGAAUUUCUGCAGGUGUAAGUUACAUCUUAAGACAUGUUUUUGAGUUUGGACAGUGUUUUGGAUGCAGUUCACUCUACAGUAUGAACGAAGCAACAGAUUUGAAAGUGUUUAAUAGAUUUGGAGGAGAGAAGCCAACCCUGACAUGAUUCCAGCACCUUCAUCACACUCUCCUAGUUGAUUUUAGUUACUGCUUUUAAAUGAAUCAAAGUUUUAGAAUGACUACUUUGAUGAAUGUGGAGGUUGUUUGUUACUUGAUGGAAAAGGGAGUCCUUUUACUACUGAGUCAGAUUUCACGCUUGUAGUCUAUGAUUAAUGUUGUAGUGCUAAAUUGUGUUUUUCAUUUUUUGGUUGAUUGAUUUGUUACACUGUAUUGUACUAAUUAGCAGAUAUUAAUGCAUUAGGGGAGAGCCAGCACAAUUGUAACACGCUCGUUUUCUCUAUAUGCGACUUUGCAUGCAACUGUGACUUCUGUGCAUGCCUAUACAAACGUGUCAUUUCCUCAAGACCACCUAAGAAAAAAAAAACAGUUACAUUUACUCACGCUUGCAGGAGAUAUUUUUGAAGAAAAAAAAAAAAAAACAUUUUGUGCUAGUUAAAAAACAUAAC